UAAUGGCACGCAAAAGGGCUGACCCCGAUCGUUUCUUGGAGUAUGAAGAAUUCAAAGAUCAUACUGGUUUUACUAUUUAAGAGGAUGGAGAUUAUAUAGAUUUCUAUUAUGACUAAUAUAGGGGUUGGUUUGAUGAAUUUGGUAAUUACUAUAAUUCAAAUGGUGAACCAACUAGACCAAAUUAAAAUAGCUUGAAGUUUUGGGAUUCAAUCAAACAUAAAUGUAAUAAUUUUAUUUAACCUGUUAUAGAUUCUCAAGAUGACAUAGAUGAUUUAUUAAAUUAAUAUGACGGAGGUACAGAUAGUGAAGAAGAAAAUGAAGAUGAUUAUGAAAGGUUAUUGAUAAGAUUUAUUUUAGAGAGUACCAUAAUAAAGCACAUAUGGAUAAACUAAUUAAGAGAUUGAAACAUUAUGGAGAUUAGGAAGAAAUUAAAAUUAGAUUUAGUCAUAAUAAAUGGAGUACUAAGGAUAGAGAUAUUAUACAAAUGUUGGGAGCAUAAAAUGUGAAAUCAGUUUAAUUUGAUUUUAAACUUGGUACCAAUUACAAAACUGGAACUGGAAUUAUUAUAGCCGUAAAUAAAAAGUGUGCUGAGCAAAUUAUUCAAUCUCACAAUAUUGAAAUUAAUGGUCAACCUAUCUCACUUGAUAUUGAUGCAUUAGAUAUAAACGAUUCAGAUGAUGAAGUGAUUGGUAUUUAAAAAGAAGAUCCUUUAUUAAGUAAACCAGAAUAAUAAGUCUAAUAGUAAUAAUAGUAACCAUAACAAUAAUAAUAAUAAUAACAAAAAUAAUAAUAACAAUAAUAAUAACAAUAAUAAUAAUAAUAACAAUAAUAAUAAUAACAAUAAUAAUAAUAACAAUAAUAAUAAUAAUAAUAAUAAUAAUAAUAAUAAUAAUAAUAAUAAUAAUAGUAAUAAUAAUAAUAAUAAUCAUAAAAACAAACUUGGGAAAAAGAAUUUUUGAUAGUUGAGGGAUUUCCUAACAAUGAAACUAAGGAGAAUAUUAGAAUAUGGUUAAAUUAAAAAAUAUUUCUUAAUUAAUAAAUUCAAGAUGACCAAAUUGAAAUUAAAAUAAAGGAAAAGAAAAUAGGAAAGUAAGUUGACAAAUAUGUAGCUGCAAAAUUAGAUUUAGGAUUAAAAGAAAGAAUAGAAGAGGCUAAAAAUUUAAUUGAAAAAUGCAACAUGUAUCAAGGAAAGAGAAAGAUUUCCUGUUUCAUAUUCAAACCUCCAAAAUGAAA